GCUCCGGGCGGCGAAGGGCGCCGCUGCGCCCCGUCGCGUCCCACCCGAGCAGGUGGGGGCGCGGCGCAGUGCUAGGGGCGCCGAGGGGCGGAGGCGGCCGCCACACCUAGGGCGCUGCGGGGCGCCCAGGGCUGGCGCGGGCGGAGCCGUCCUGAGGGCCGCGCGUGUCCCCGGCCUCGGCCCCGCCCCGCACCGUCCAAUGAGAGCCCGCGGCCGGAGGAGCUGUCGGCACACUCUGUCCGCAGCCCCACUCCGCGCCGCCGACCCCCUGCCACUGCGUCUCAGCCCAGGCAGCGUGCCCCAGGUCCCGAGCUCGGCGCGGCGUCGUAGGCUUCCGGAUACCGCUCCCUGCGCCCCUCUCCGGGACCUGGCGCCCCGGCUUCUGGACUCUAGGUGCCCUUAGGUCCCCAGCCGCCGGCGAGACUUAUGGCCCCCCAGGGGGGUGAAGUGGGAGCAGCCUGAGUACCCUCAGCCGGUGCCCCGUCCACGCCCCUCCGGGCCGCGUGGCGGGAGGCUUCGGGGAGCUAUGCUGAGGCCGGGUGGUGCGGAAGAAGCCGCGCAGCUCCCCUUUCGGAGCGUCCGCGCCCCUGUCUCCGCGCCUGCGCCUAGACCCACGGGCCCCGACGGCUCUCGGGCUUCGGCCCGCCUAAGUCUUGCUUGCCUUCUGCUGCUGCUGCUGCUGCUGACGCUGCCGGCCCGCGUAGACACGUCCUGGUGGUACAUCGGGGCGCUGGGGGCCCGAGUGAUCUGUGACAAUAUCCCUGGUCUGGUGAGCCGGCAGCGUCAGCUGUGCCAGCGUUACCCAGACAUCAUGCGCUCGGUGGGCGAGGGUGCCCGAGAAUGGAUCCGAGAGUGUCAGCACCAGUUCCGCCACCAUCGCUGGAACUGCACCACCCUGGACCGGGACCACACUGUCUUUGGCCGUGUCAUGCUCAGAAGUAGCCGGGAGGCAGCAUUUGUAUAUGCCAUCUCAUCAGCAGGGGUGGUCCAUGCUAUCACUCGUGCCUGUAGCCAGGGUGAACUGAGUGUGUGCAGCUGUGACCCCUACACCCGUGGCCGACAUCAUGACCAACGUGGGGACUUUGACUGGGGUGGCUGCAGUGACAACAUCCACUAUGGUGUUCGUUUUGCCAAAGCCUUCGUGGAUGCCAAGGAGAAGAGGCUUAAGGAUGCACGGGCUCUCAUGAACUUACAUAACAAUCGCUGUGGUCGCACGGCUGUGCGGCGGUUUCUGAAGCUGGAGUGUAAGUGCCAUGGCGUGAGUGGCUCCUGUACUCUGCGCACCUGCUGGCGUGCACUCUCAGACUUCCGCCGCACAGGUGAUUACCUGCGGCGGCGCUAUGAUGGGGCUGUGCAGGUAACGGCCACCCAGGAUGGCGCGAACUUCACGGCAGCCCGCCAAGGCUAUCGCCGUGCUACCCGGACUGACCUUGUCUACUUUGAUAACUCCCCAGACUACUGCGUCUUGGACAAGGCUGCAGGUUCCCUAGGCACUGCAGGCCGAGUCUGUAGCAAGACAUCUAAAGGGACAGACGGUUGUGAAAUCAUGUGCUGCGGUCGAGGGUAUGACACAACUCGAGUUACCCGUGUCACCCAGUGUGAGUGCAAAUUCCACUGGUGCUGUGCUGUGCGGUGCAAGGAGUGCAGAAACACUGUGGAUGUCCACACUUGCAAGGCCCCCAAGAAGGCAGAGUGGCUGGAUCAGACCUGAACAUAUAAAUACCUCACUCAUCCCUCACUUCAAACCUCCUGACUCAAAAGCACAAGAUCUUUGCAUGCACACCUUCCUCCACCCUCAACCCUGGGCUGCUACAGCUUCUAUUUAAGGACUUGGAAAGUACUCCAGAGGGACUCUGGUGUCCGAGCUGGUUCCUUAGCCCUGGGAAGGAGUUGACAGGGGAUGUAAAAAACCGAGCGGCUCCCUGACUCCCCACUCUGGAGGUUAGAAGGCAGAGUGGAAGAGGUAGGAGUCUUCAGAGCGAUAUGAGUUGCACUAAAGCACAUGGUCAAGGUUCAUUUUUCCUUUCCCUUGCAUUGGCUUCCUGACACAUCUUGUGUGUGCAAGAGAAAGGGUACCUGGAGAGAACUUCUUUUUUUCCUACCUGGCUGAGGGUAGAUGGGACAGAGAUGAAACCACAUAUCUCUUCCCUGGGUCAGUGUGAGCUAACUGCCUGGUACCCCAAAAGAAACUCUUAGGCUGAAACAUUCUUCCAUUAUCAAGAGCCUGGGAUUGCUAGAUAAGAGUUAGCCAUAGCGGACAAGUUCCAUUCUCAUGCUAUUAUGUUUAUAAACUGCUGUGUUUUGUAGGAGAAAAGAAUUAUAUAACUAUACAAACAUACAUUCUCUUCUAAUCUCUCCUUUUCAACCUAUAUCAGCCAGCACUGCCCCUUUUGCUCACUUGCUGACUGUACAAACUGAGUGGCAUGCAGUGCCAUGCCAUGCCUAACAAACAGAUCAUUAGAAUACCGUAGAACACUCCUAAGAAAGAGUAAUUUAGUAGGUCUGCCUAGGCCUUGGGAUUUCUACUUUUUUAAACUUUCCACGCAUGAUCCUGGUGGGCAGCCAGGUUUGGGAAACACCAAGUAAAAGAUAUGUGACUCACGGAGCGUGGGAGAGGGUAACAAGCCUGAUCUCAAAGGCCCACAUGAGGCAUUAGUGUAUACUAGGCAGGUAGAGAUCUCUGGCUUUGGCAAUUUGUAGGAGAGGAUUCUAGCCUUUAAAGCUGGGAGCAGGAACCAGUGGUUACAGAAGGAAGGAGAGCUGGGUCUUGGGGCCAAAGUGGUAAACAGCUUAGAAAGCAACCUUUCCUCAUUUAUUCAACAAAUCUUUAUUUAGUGACUCUCCAAGUCCUGGUGAUUAUUAUCCUUCAAUCCACAUCUGGCUUAAACUGGGGAGUUCCUUCUAUGCUACUACCCACUGCCUAACUAAGCUUGUAGUGGUAGAGUCUCCAGAGAUAGCAGGCUUAGUAAGCUAGAGGGCAGGACACAGAGUCCCCAAAAUCAUGAUGUCCUAUUUUUACGUGACUUGGACAGUGGUUACCUCUUGCCUGUUGAUAUUUUAAAGGAGCAGAGUGGUAUAGAAAUUUGCAGUUAUGACAGACUGGGUUGAAAUCUCAGCUGUGCCAGUUCCUGUUUUUGAUAUUUUGAGGAAGAUACCCAAAUUCUCUGAGCCUCUAUCUUCUCAUCUCUAAAAUGAGGGUACAGACUUAUCUCAGAUAUUGAGUUUUAAUUAUGCCUCAAACUCCAGCCAAUAGACCCUCUUACCAAAGCCUCUAACUGGUCUAGCCCAUCCUGACUUCUCUCAGAAUCAUCAGUUCAGGACUAUGAGGUAUUGACAGCAGGCUGUCUAUUAAGGAGCCUACACAAGGGGUUCUGAAUAUAGGCCACUUUCCUUUCCCGAGUUCCUCUCCAGCACCCCUGGGGUCCUCACACGUUUGUGGAGCAGCUUUACU